UUUCAGGUUGUUGAGUACUAAUGAUGUGGUAUAAAAAUGGAAGGUCAAGAUGAGCGCACAUUCUUGUGUGGUUAUCAGCGAACACGCGGAUACGGCAGCUUGUCAAAUCUUCAUAUUUCCGCAAAAACUUAUCGUACAGUCAUUCAACAUCAGAUAAAACCGAAUGAUACACUUCAAGGACUCGUUCUUAAAUAUAAUACUUCAAUGAGCGAAAUAAAACGGUUGAAUCGUCUGUGGUCGAACGAAAGUUUCUACCUCAAGGAAUAUGUCGAGAUACCUAUCUAUGAUGAAAUGUUUGAGAGAGGUCGUGCAAUGGAUAGACCCAUGAAUGUGAAGAACGACCGGUGCUGUGAGGAAUCAAAGAAGUCACAAGAUAUCGACGAAGAAAGCCUGCAGGAUAUCUUCCAAAGAAUCGACAAAAAUAUCAGGAAGACGACGAACAGCGUAAACAAAUUAACGGAGAAUUCAACCGCAGAUUUCCUCGCUGAAGGUUUCAAAAUGGAAGUUACGCGAAAUAAGCCGGAGUGUAGAAUAAAAGACCGACGUCCAUUUAAUCAUUCUUCGGGUUUCCAAAAUGAAGCUUUCCAAAACUAGUCAGUUUUACUAUUGUGGGAAAUAUGGCCAUUUCCCAUGUUAUCAAUCAGUCGUAUACACUCGUUAUAUUCAAACAAAUGUGCCACGCAAAUGUUUACCUUUCGCUUUACUGAUUUACUAGUUAGCGUAUCCUUGCAUGAAUUGUAUGUUAAUAGUGUUUAUGAAUUUUUCUCGAAAGCCUUUUGCGAUUCGUGCUCGCCUAGUUGUUUUUUUUCCACUCUGUCCG